AUGUAUAUAAAAAUAAAUACGACAACUGUGCUAUCAGUUUACGCGAGUCUGGCGGUGAGCAGAGAUGAGGUUCUCGGCAAUUCAGAUUUUCGUGUCUUGGUGGGAUUGCUCAUCCGACAAGAGGCACUGGCUCAGUUCCUGGAGCCCAAUUGCGGUCUCACAGGCGUUGUGGACAGAAUAGUAGACGGCAUUAAUGCCAGGCAUGGCCAAUUUCCUUGGAUGGCUUACAUUUAUCAAAACGAAAAUGACUUCACUUGCGGUGGAUCACUCAUUCACAAACGAUUUGUUCUGACUGCUGCUCACUGUAUCGUCAAUGACGAAUAUCUCUCUGUGCGUUUGGGGGAGCACUUUACGGAAUCCAGGGCUGACAGCUCGAUAGUGUACAGAGUGACAAUGGCCGUAAGGAAUCGUCUUUACACCAAGGCUGAGCAUAUCAAUGACAUCGGGAUUCUGAGGCUCGAGCGAGAUGUUCAAUACAACGCAAACAUCAGGCCGGUCUGCAUCAUGACGGAUAGCCGGAGAGUACCAUAUGUUGGCUCCUACACGGCAUCGGGAUGGGGCAAAACGGCAAACAGUCGAACAUCUGCGGUGUUGCAAAUGAUAGAGUUGCAGGAUAUAGAUGAAAACAGGUGCUACGAUCACAUGGGACUUCAACUCGGUCCUGGACAGAUCUGUGCCGCCCAUCCUACUGGCGACACCUGCUUAGGUGAUUCGGGCGGUCCGUUGGUGCACUCGGUGAAUGUAGAUGGCACUCCACGGUAUGUCCAAUUCGGCAUCGUCAGCUACGGUGUAUCGGCGUGCAUAGGUCCGGGAGUCUAUACCCGGGUGCACUACUAUGUGGACUGGAUUCUCAGAGCUGUGCAAUAUGGCUUAACCCACUAA